GUCCCCGCCCUCCCCCGGGGACCGCAGCGGGCUGAGCUGCUGGUGUCAGAGCCCGGCGAGCGCUGGCAGUUCCGCGGCGGGGAUGCUGAGGAGCGCUGGGUCCGCGAGCAACCUUGGCCCCUGCGGACUUCCGAGGCCGUGAAAACCCCUGCGCUGCGGCCCUUCCCCGGCCCCCGAGGCCGUUCGCCGUUCCCAAAGCCCGGCUUGGGGAAGAGUCCAGCACCGCAGCGGCGGUUCUCGGAUUCCGGAGCAUUCUGGAGCCCCGAGAGACGCCCCGGGGUUCUAGAAGCUCCCCGGCGGCGACCAGUCCCGGCUUCCUUCGGGCGUCCGUCCGAAACCCGCUCGGGUGCACGGGUCGUCGGCGAGCCGCGACCGGGUCCUGGUGCGCACCAUGAUCGUGGCGGACUCUGAGUGCCGCGCGGAGCUCAAGGACUACCUGCGGUUCGCCCCGGGCGGCGUCGGCGACUCGAGCCCCGGAGAGGAGCAGAGGGAGAGUCGGGCUCGGCGAGGCCCUCGAGGGCCCAGCGCCUUCAUCCCCGUGGAGGAGGUCCUUCGGGAGGGGACCGAGAGCCUCGAGCAGCACCUGGGGCUGGAGGCACUGAUGUCCUCUGGGCGAGUGGACAACCUGGCAGUGGUGAUGGGCCUGCACCCUGACUACUUUACCAGCUUCUGGCGCCUGCACUACCUGCUGCUGCACACGGAUGGUCCCUUGGCCAGCUCCUGGCGCCACUACAUUGCCAUCAUGGCUGCCGCCCGCCAUCAGUGUUCUUACCUGGUAGGCUCCCACAUGGCCGAGUUUCUGCAGACCGGUGGUGACCCUGAGUGGCUGCUGGGCCUCCACCGGGCGCCCAAGAAGCUGCGCAAGCUCAGCGAGAUCAACAAGUUGCUGGCGCAUCGGCCAUGGCUCAUCACCAAGGAGCACAUCCAGGCCUUGCUGAAGACCGGCGAGCACACCUGGUCCCUGGCCGAGCUCAUUCAGGCUCUGGUCCUGCUCACCCACUGCCACUCGCUCUCGUCCUUUGUGUUUGGCUGUGGCAUCCUCCCUGAGGGGGAUGCAGAUGGCAGCCCUGCCCCCCAGGCACCUACACCCCCCAGUGAGCAGAGCAGUCCCCCGAGCAGGGACCCGUUGAACAACUCUGGGGGCUUUGAGUCUGCCCGCGAAGUGGAGGCACUGAUGGAGCGCAUGCGGCAGCUGCAGGACAGCCUGCUGCGGGACGAGGGGACGUCCCAGGAGGAGAUGGAGAGCCGCUUUGAGCUAGAGAAGUCGGAGAGCCUGCUGGUGACCCCCUCAGCUGACAUCCUGGAGCCCUCUCCACACCCAGACAUGUUGUGCUUUGUGGAAGAUCCUACUUUUGGAUAUGAGGACUUCACCCGGAGAGGGGCUCAGGCGCCCCCCACCUUCCGGGCCCAGGAUUAUACUUGGGAAGACCAUGGCUACUCACUGAUCCAGCGGCUCUACCCUGAGGGUGGGCAGCUGCUGGACGAGAAGUUCCAGGCAGCCUAUAGCCUCACCUACAAUACCAUCGCCAUGCACAGCGGGGUGGACACCUCCGUGCUCCGCAGGGCCAUCUGGAACUACAUCCACUGCGUCUUUGGUAUCAGAUAUGAUGACUAUGAUUAUGGGGAGGUGAACCAGCUCCUGGAGCGGAACCUCAAGGUCUAUAUCAAGACAGUGGCCUGCUACCCAGAGAAGACUACCCGAAGAAUGUACAACCUCUUCUGGAGGCACUUCCGCCACUCAGAGAAGGUCCACGUGAACUUGCUGCUCCUGGAGGCGCGCAUGCAAGCCGCUCUGCUGUACGCCCUCCGUGCCAUCACCCGCUACAUGACCUGACUCUCGAGCAGGGCCUGGGCCCGGACCAGCUCCCCACAAGGACUUCUCUGUCUGGAGACAGCCCCAGACCCUUUUGUGUCCCAUGCCCACCCUCCCCACGCUGGAGUGGGCUUGUGUGUGAUGUGCAGUCCCCAAGCCACACCCUCCCUUUUCCUCAUUGGAAUGGACCAUUCAUUGCACUGACUCUGGGAUCUCAGCCCUGUUCCUGGGAGCUGGAAGAGCACUAGGAGAUCCCAAGGGACCACACCCUUCCUCCUUCUCCUGCCCCCAGAGGCAGAGGGCACAGGAAAGAAGACGGGCCAAGCUCGGACAUACAUGCCACAUGUGUGGUGGCCUUCCUUAACUGGGAAGUCCCUGGCUGGCCCCCAAGGGAGAGGGCAAAUGCCUCCGGGACUGACACUCCAGGCAGGUUUGCCUUCUCUCCCCUGUCAUUCCCAGAUUUCAUUACCUCCCACUUGCCACUCACCCAUCAAUGUGAAAGUCAGGGUCACAGCGGGUCUGUGUGUCUAGUUCCCUAAAAGCCUGUUCUGUUGGGCAGGCUGAGGCUGUUGCCCAAAUCCUAGUUCAGUUUUUUGACUUCCUUUGCCCUUUUUUCCUUUUCUCCAUGCUUGAUGGUGUGAGGCCUCAGGAGAGAGGCCAAGUACAUAAAAAAAAAAAGCAGAUUAUCUUGAGAGAGUUUGAGCCUUUGCUGGUCCCAUUGCCUUCUGAAGAGGAGAGAGUAUUAGAUUAUAAAUCCUCUUUACUUUGGUUCUUUAUGCUUGAGGUUCCAACCUAGAGCCACAGUCAGCAUGUGAGAGGAGGAGGAGAGGGAGAAUUCUGUUCUCCCAGAGCUGCACCUGCCUCACAGAGGCCAGCACCUCACUCGCCUGCCUCCAGUGGCUCUGCUGCAGAUGUUUGCCAAAAAGUUGAGCCUUUCUAGUUGGCUUAGGUGGCACCAUGACUCAGUAGGAGGGGCAGGAGGCACCAGGGUUCUUGUUUGGACCCUGCCCCUGGGCCAUGGCCAGGUGACCAUGGCUACAUUGCCAAACCUUUGACUGCCAUAGCUGCAGACUGAGAGGGUGGGUCUGAGUCCCCACAAUGUCUGAAGCUGCCCCUGGGAUUCUCAGGCUAACCUGCCAACAGCAAGUGGAUUUUCUUGCAAGAUCUUGAAGGCCUCCAGAGACCCCACUUCUGUAGCCAGUGUCUCCUGGGUGCCUUCUGAGGACUCCCACCCCCAUACCAGUAUCUCAUCUGUCCCCUCUCCUGGGGCUUAAGUGGAUUGCUUGGAGGCAGAAGCAGCCAAGGACUGAUCCCAGUCACUUUCUGUAGCAAACGACUGUGAAUUACAACUUUUCUUGCCCUUCUAGCAAUCUGUGCCUCCUCUCUGACCAGUUUGGAGGGCAAUGAAGAAAGGCAAGGGCCAUGCUGCUGCUGUGCAAGGCAGGAGAGGAGCCUGGCCAGCGUGCCACAUUUCAUACCCGUGCAGGCGCGGAGAAGCAACUGGCACCCCCCUCAGGCCUGAAAGUUCUCCCUGCAAGAAGGUGUGCAGGAGAGAAGAGGCCCCGGCAUGGGGCUUUGGGUUCUAGAGGGGAUGUGAUGACUCUGUAAAUGUGCACUGGCUGGGUGGGGAGUGGUAUCCAGUGUUCAAGUGCAGAAAUCUUUGGCUUUGCUACCAGUUCCAUAUGAUGAGAAAUAAACGUUCGCUGAGGUUUUGUUUCAUA